GGACCCUCCAUUACACUGGGUGAGGAUCUGGCCUCCAGAGGUCAGCCUUGUUUGUUUCAACAUGUUUGCUUCCUGAGAAUUCCAUUUUGUGGGGGGACAUGCCUUGUAAGACAGAGGGAAGGCAGCCCUCGGCCCCACCUUACACACAGACCUUUGAAUGUUGCUUUGCAGAAGACUAUGAAAUUAUGAUUUCUGGAAAAGGAUUUAAUAAUGCAAUAAACAAGGAGGAAGUUAUUUGUAGGUUCCGCUUCAGCGAUGAUAAAUUCUUCGAUAAAAAAGCCACCACUGUGGAUGAUAACACCAUAACAUGCUCAGGAGUAAUGAUACAAAAACCAGACCAGUUGGUCCAUGUGGAAGUUAGCCUGAAUAAUGCCAUCAGCUUCAUCAGGAGUGAUGCUAACAUCACCAGCGACAACUGUAUGAGUGCCAGGGUAAGGUG